AUGCUUUCAAGAACUACUGGUCAACCAAGUGCUCAAAAUGAUAUCUUUAUUAAUAAAUUACCAAUUAAUUCAAUUAACUCAAUUAACCAAAAUAAUUCAAUUAAUUCAAUUAAUUUAGUAUCAUCUAUUUCAUCUAAUUCAAAUACGGAUCAAUCUUUUAACAUUUCGAACCUUAGGCAUUUAAAAAGAUUUAGGCGUUUGGAUACAAUUAAUGAAUCAUCAGAACCACGUAUUAGUGCAAAUAAGAUGAACACCAAAGCUAUUACAGUAAGUAAUUCGGUUGAUAAGAUGUCUGUAAUUCCACGGUUUUAUUUUCCGGUUAUAUCCAAAAUUCAAGAAACUCGACUUGAAUCUGUUUUGACCAAGCUUCGGGAAAUAUUAUCUUCAAAUAAUUAUUUAAAUAGGUCACACUUUGGAUUAAUCACAAGAGAAUGUGGCUUACCUCGUUAUAUGAGCGCGGCGUUGUUUUGUAAAAUGUUUGAGCAUGGAAGUGGAAAUGAACAAUAUAUGAUUGUUGCUUUAAAAUCAAUUAUAAUUGUUAAUGAUGAUUCACUUUUUCAACUUGAAGAUAUCGUAAUGAACCAUCCCGGUUUGGAAUUUUUGAGGAAAAAUAUCAUAUUUCGAGAACGUUAUGUCGAAACUGUAAUUUGUCGACUUUUUUAUGAUUACAAUCGCAAUUGGACCGGCAAAAUGACUUAUAAAGAAUUUAAAAGAAUAGAUUUACCAGGAAUGUUGAGAAAGUUAGAAUCCAAAAUUGAUCUAAAUAAUACUUGCAGCUACUUUUCAUACAACCAUUUUUAUGUAAUAUAUUGUAAAUUUUGGGAACUUGAUAAUGAUUACGAUUUACGUAUAAACAAGAAAGAUCUUGCUCGAUAUUCUGAUAAUGCAUUAACUUCAAGGAUAAUCGAUCGCGUAAUACACGGAUACGGAAAAACGACUGAUUUGUCGAUGAAAGAAUAUGAUUCGAAUAAUCCAAAAAUGAGUUAUAGGGAUUUUAUAUGGUUUCUCUUGUCAGAAGUUGAUAAAUCUACAAAUACAUCUAUUGAAUAUUGGUUUCGAUGUUUAGAUAAUGAUGGUGAUGGUGUUUUAAGCGUAUACGAGCUUGAAUGGUUUUAUGAAGAACAAUUAAAUCGUAUGAGACUUUUUGGCAUAGAACCAAUAAAAUUUAAAGAUUGUAUUUGUCAAAUGUUCGACCUGAUCAAACCUUCGAAUCCGUACGUAAUAACUCUCAAAGACCUUAAACGGUGUAAACGAAAUGCACCCCCGUUUUUUGAUAUGCUUUUUAAUAUUUCUAAAUUUAUCGCUUACGAAAAUUAUCAACAGCAAUUAGGUGAAAUGAAAGAAAUCGAUGCAUACGUUAACGUAGAAUAUGACAAAAUAUUACGUGCUGAACAAAAUAGGCGUAGAUCGUAUGAAAGACUUGAAACGUUAGGAGCAAAAAAUAUGUCUAAUAAUAUUACUAUUGAUAGUUUUAGAAAUAACGUUAUCGGUAAUAGAAUCAUUCAUUAUUCAAAUAAGCAAAUUAUUUGUGAAGAGAUUAAUAAUAACGAUGACGACAAGAAUCGUGGUGAUGAAGACGACGAUGAUAAAGAAUUGUUAUAA